AUGGAGAAAUUGUGUCCGGGAUGCCGAAAACUAACCGAUCGAUUCAAUGAGAACGCCGGAAAAGUGAGUGAAUUCCCAUUUCGCAACCGAAUUUCGCAACCCAGAACGUGUGCGUCGAGUGCUACUCGUUUUUCCGAUAUUUCGUCUACGCCGACAAUGUCGAAACGUGCGAGAGUCGCGGAAAUUGUGGCAGAGGUAUGCAAGUGCGCUCCACCGCACUCUUCGCAAUUUUGAACGCGUCGAACGGAUUUUAGCCUAAUUUUUAGGCGGAAAACGAGCGGAAUUGAGCAAUUUUUGAGUAAUUUCGAUGUUUGAGCUUUAAAAAUAACGGAAAUCUUGUCUUUUAUCAUAAUUUCCAAAGAUUUUGACAAGAAACUGAGAAAAGACAAGCUUACAGCGGAAAAAAAGAGCAUUUCGAUCAAAUAUGGCAAAAAAUAGUGGAAUUUCACACUUCCAGCUCGCAAAAUGUGUGUAAUCGAAUGUUUUAUCAAUAUUUCUCAUAAUUUAGUUGAAAAGUUAAAAUUUCAAAGACCAAAACCAAAAACCAACAAGAAAUGAGUCACAUUCGCACGCAUUCGCUCUAGAUUUUGCAAAUGUUUUGAGAGUGAUCGAUUUUCGAAAAAGUUAUGAAAUUAAGAGAUAUCCUCGCGUUUUCUUAUCGUUUUUUGUCAGACGCCGACUCUUCGGAAUGCCGUCUUCAUCGUUUUCUUCGUUGCGUUCAAGCCGGACUCACUCAUCACAAAUUGAACGCGUUUUUGGAGAAAUUGGAGUUUGAGAGUCAGAAAAUAGAAAGGGAAUAA